AUGGAACCAGGCUUGAAGUCCUUUCUGAUGGGAGUACCGCUCGAGGUCCGCAUCAAGAUCCUAGAGCACCUCCUGCCCAAUCUUUCCGAAAUCAAAGUCUUCGACGGCUACUACGACAGCUUCAACCCUGUCAAUGGUUAUGAUAUUUGGAUGGGGGCGGACAAAGUCAUUACCAACCGCAUUGCAUCCGUAGUACAAUAUCGGGACGAUGGUGAAAAGUGCCACACUGCUAUCCUCCGACUGUAUAUUGAGGGUACUGCGGUCAUGUACAACCGCGCCUUCCGUGCAGUGAUAACCGCUAGAGGACUUACCUUUCUAAAGUGUCUACUCAGCUCUUCAGAAUGGUGCUACAAGUGGGGGAACAUCCCGGUGCCCAGCGAGUUGCGCCAUUUUCCGUUCCACAUGGCAAAGCAAGUCCAGAUUGAAUUCUGGGCAACACGGUUCAAGAAAGAGGAACCAAUCCUCUACGAUACGCUGCUCGGCUUCUGUUUGGUUCUAUGCAACAAGCCCAGUCUUAGGAACGUUCGUGUGGAUUUGUAUGAUCGAGAGUAUCGACCCAAACCUGUACUCAGGAACGGAGAUCGCAUGGCAGACGGCAGCAGGCCGAACCCACCUCAACACGUAUACGGAGGGGAAGUGCUCGAUGGACCAUUCCAGCGUACGGAAGAAGAGAUAGAAUUUUGGAGUGACGUCCAGAGAAGGGAUUUCUACGACCUAGAUGCUGAGCCUUGGGAGCGAGCGGCCGGUCGCGAUUUCAGAUCCUGGCAAGCACGAGGACGCGAACUCAGAGGUCUGCCGCGCAUCAGCGGGCUUGAAGAAGCAUUGGAGCCAUUGAAAUUGCUCGCACAUGUUGGCAGGGCCAAGAUCAACUUGACCCCAGGAGCAGGAAAUGAUCCGGAAAUGGUGGCAGUUGCGGAAAAGCUUCAGGAUUCGAUGAUGCAUCAGGGGCUCCGACAUGAGAUGGACCUGACUGACCUACGACUCACUUUCCUUUGA